AUGUUUGGCGGGAACAGGAGUGCGUUUGGCGGCGGCGGGCAGUUUGGCGGCGGUGGCGGCGGGUCGUUUGGGUCACAGGCGAGUGCGUCUCCCUUCGGGGCAGGUCCACAGCAACAACAACAGGGUGGGUUUGGAGCGUUUGGGGGCGGUGUCUCGGGGGGUAAUCCAAGUCCGUUUGCUUCUGGUGCAGUCGGUGGUGCCGCCGGUGCCAGUGCGCCUGUAGGCUCUGGCACAGCGAUCAAACCGUUCACGGCAUUUCAGGACAAGGACCCGACUACAAACGUGACGAACUGCUACCAGAGUAUUACGUGCAUGCCAGAGUACAGGAACUUCUCCUUCGAGGAAUUGAGGUUUCAGGACUACGCGGCGAACAGGAAGACCGCGGGGGCCCCUCCAGCGACCACACAGUUUGGUGCCGGUGCCAAUGCCGGGAGUGGACUCUUUGGUAACAAUCAGAAUGCCUCUAGUGCUGCGCCGUUCGGUAUGGCCAGUAGAAACGCUACGUCCAAUGGGUCCCUCUUUGGACAGCAACCAAACACGGCAGCCGCACCAACGACUGGUGGGAUGUUUGGACAGCAAGGUGGUAACUCCUUUGGAGCAGGGAACACUGGUAACACUGGUCUCUUUGGCCAGAAUAACCAACAGCAGCAGCAGCAGUCAGGAGGUCUGUUUGGCCAGCAACCACAGCAACCUGCUGGUGGGGUGUUCAGUGCUCCAGCUGCUAACACUGGUGGUCUCUUUGGACAAAACAACCAACAGCGGGCGGGAGGCCUAUUCGGUCAAAAUGCUCAACAGCAGCAACCUGCUGGUGGACUCUUUGGACAGGGGACCCAGCAGCAGCAGCCGGCUGGGGGGUUGUUUGGGCAGAAACCAGCUACCACUGGUGGGCUCUUCGGACAGAAUAACCAAACUUCUGGUAACCUGUUCGGACAGCAAAACCAACAACAACAGCAGCAGCAGCAACAGCCAUCCGGCUUUUUUGGUCAACAGCCAAGCGGGGCACAAAGUUCAAGUCUCUUUGGUCAACAACGGCAGGCAGGAGGACUGUUCGGUCAGAAACCGGCCACUGUGGGGAACACAGGGCCGUUGUUCGGACAAACGGCGCAGCAGCCUCAACAGCAGGCUAGUGGCGGGCUGUUUGGAUCAAACAACAACACUCAGCAACAGGGUGGGUUGUUUGGUCAGGGGCAACCUGCCGCUGGAACUGGUGGUGGGCUCUUUGGUAACACAAACAGCUCUGCUACUGGUGGUCUCUUUGGAAGCAAACCCGCGGCAACAGGUGGUCUCUUUGGAAGCAACAACAAUACAAAUGCGGGGAACUCCACUUUGGCAGGCGCCAAGCCAUUGUUUGGCGGUACAAACAGUACCAGUACCGGUGGGCUUUUCGGUGCGAAACAGCAAACUGCACCUACAGGUCAGAAUACUUUAUUCGGGUCCCAAUCUACAGCACCCACUGGCUCAACUUUGGGAGGUGGAUUAUUCACGGGCAAUAAAGCCGCAAACACCUCUCUCAGUGGGGCACCUGGGACCCUCUUUGGUACAACAGCCAACAGUACUUUGGGCGGUCAAUCGGCACUGCAACAACAGAACCAACAGCAGCAACAACAGCAACAGCAACAGUUGAACUCGAUUAAAAAUAAUCCGUAUGGUACGAACGAGCUGUUUGCCAAAAUAGCUCCAUCCGGUUCUCAAAUAUUAUCUGUCUUGAAAGCGGGCCGCUCUAAACUGAACGCGGAUGUCAAGCAGAAGGCAAGUUUGACUUCCGCUUACAGAAAUGCACCAAAACCACUGUUUGCGCCUAUCUUUGUCAGACAACCAGCAGCGGUGGAAGACAGUGCCUCAUCUAACACUAGUAACAGAUCCAAAAAUGGAUCAUUCACAAGCAGCACAACCAAGGCAAUUGGUCUACUAGAAGAAAAUAACGAAGUUGCAGUCUCCGCCUCAAAGGAAAUUGACGAAUCCAUCGUUUCGUUAAACAAACUACUCUUCAACCCAGAGAAGAAAUCUUUUAAGAAUUUAAUUAUGCACAAGAAGAUGAUGGAGGAGGAACAAAACAAGAAGGCUCAACAGGUGUCCCUAGAUAAGAGCCCGGAGGAAACAGAACCUACUGCGGGGGCGGAGAAGGUAACUGAUGAAACCAAACAGUUAGACGAGAAGUCUACUGAGAAAGUUUGCAAAAAUGACAAAGAGUCUCCGAUCAAGGAGACAAACGUCGCUGCCAAGGAAAAAGUCCCCACAGAUAAAAAGGUAUCGAAACCUCCCGGGUGUCUCUCUGAUGAUUUUUCAUGGGCUGGUAGCGAUUACUAUAUUUCUCCAUCGCUAGAGACACUCUCGUCGAUGACUUUGAUGGAUUUGAAAAGGGUCAAGAAUUUGCUGAUUGGUCAUAAAAUGUUUGGAUAUAUCGAAUUUUUGGAUUCUGUUGAUCUAUCGAAGAUCCCACUUGCAUCGUUGUGCGGUAAAAUCGUUGUAUUUGAGUCGAAAAGAUGCAUUGUGUAUCCAGGGGACGUAGAGUCUCCAGAAGCGGGGGAAGGUUUGAAUGUCAAGGCUAGAAUUACAUGCUACAAUUGUUUCCCGGUCAACAAAGCUACACGACUACCCAUAAAGGAGCCGCAUCAUCCGUUGGUUAAAAGGCAUAUCGAAAGAUUCAAAAAAUUGCCAUACACAAAGUUUGAGAAGUAUGAUCCUCAAACUGGUGUAUACACCUUCAUAGCUCCUCAUCCUGUUCUUAACUGA